AUGAAAGGUACACCCCCUCCUCACUCCUCGAAGACCCAGUUCCGAGCAGCCAGCGACGAUUCUUCUAAUCAGCUCAUCGAGGGUUCCACCCCUGAGGGGACGAAUCGGCAUCGGCGGGAAGGGCAGCAGCAUACCGCUGACGGGCAAAGGGGACAGAGGCAUGAGACCUCGCAACCCAACAGAAGACAGCAACUUCAGAACGUUGAACAGGUUCAAAACGGUGGGAACGAGCAGCCUCAACCCCAGAAUGGACCCGAGCAGGCUCAAAACCUGAACGAAACUGACGCCAGAGACGGGCAGGUUGCUUCUUCGUUCACCCAUACCUCCGAGAGGCGAAGAGUUCACUACGAAGACGACCAAGAACAAGACGACAUCCCCGAGGAAGCCGACUCCACAACCGUCCUCUUGCUCAAAGAAUUACAGAAGACCAACCGUCUCCUCCGGCUUCAAGGCGACCGCAUUCACGAGCUAGAGAGGAAGCGACGAUAUCGUUCCCCCUCGCGGAGGCGCUACCGAUCGCGCUCCUACUCUUCCUCGCGCUCACCACCGAGGAGGUAUCGUCGGCGUUCCCCAUUCUCUUCGCGCUCCCCGCCUAAGAGGUAUCGUCGUCAGAGAUCAUAUUCCCGCUCUCCAGUACGAAAGAGCAGGAAGAAUCAGAGACCUGAGACCACAGAGCCUGGGAGCCUCUCCCCCGAGCGAGAUCCCCAAGGCCCCUCCAAAGCUGUGUUGAAAACCCGCGAGCGUUCCCCUCCCCAGGACAACCGCAAAAAUCCGGGCAAAACACAGGUGAAAUCCCGGCGAGGCAGACACUCGACCUCUCCGGGACUAAGUGACGAGGAAGACUUCCGUAGCCCCUUGUCCGAAAGCAUCCGAAGAGCUCGUCUCCCACGAGGGAUGGAAAAACCACCAACCUUGAAAUUGUACGACGGAACAACCGACCCUGACGAUCAUAUUUGA